GGCAGUAUUGGCGAUGAAUGGAUAUUCGGCCGACGGUAUUUCAUUAGUUAAAAGACUCGGACAAAGAAUGGAGUGGUAUAAACAUGCCCACGACAAGGAAAUGUCGACGCCAGCAUUAGCUCAGAUGCUUUCAAACACUCUCUACUAUCGACGAUUUUUCCCAUAUUAUACAUUCAGUUUGUUGGGAGGUCUUGACGAAAAGGGUCAAGGUGUGGUGUAUAGUUUCGAUCCGGUGGGUUCGUAUAAAGCGGAAUUGUAUAAGUGUGGCGGAUCCGCGUCUCGUCUGAUUCAGCCAUUCCUGGAUAGUCAGGUUGGAUUUAAAAAUCAACAAAACGUGGAAAAACACUUCCUACCUUUGGAGCAAGUAAUUCGCCUUGCACGGGAUGCUUUUACAUCGGCAACAGAAAGAGAUAUUUAUACCGGAGAUUUAUUGGAGAUUUUUAUCAUCAAACAGGAUGGAAUCACUGAGGCCAUUGAUCAAGGGAAAAUCAAGUUUAUCCAAUUUGAUACUUUUAGUAAUAUUCAAAUUAUUGCUUCCGGCGCCUUCGGGGAAGUCUCCCGUGCGUACUGGUCAAUCGGCGAAAAGAACGUGUCAUUGAAAAGUUUGGGCAAUGAAUAUAGUAAUUGCGACCAACGUUUCUACCAAGAAUUUAUCAAAGAGGUCGAUAUCAUCGAGGGUUAUCGAGAAUCACCGGUGAUAGGCACCCCAAAUGCAUUCGCGGAAAUUUAUUCAAAGGCUUGGUGCAGUUAUGAGGAACAACGCCCGACGAUUCAACAGGCAUGCGAUGCACUCGAUGAAAUAAAUUUGUUACCAACCUUUGAUUCUCACCCAUCACCUUCAUCACUAUUUUCAUACGAAUCAUCUACCAGCAACGUGGAAAACACCAUGGCUCCGAGAAUAAUCCAGAAUAAACGCACAACCAUGAUACCCGUCGAAGGAAAUGUAGGUUCAACAACCACUAGUAAAAAUGUGUGGCCCGCCACUGUUGAUAUCAGUUCAAUAACUUCGAUGGCUGCAGGUGCAGAUAAUAACUCAGUGCCUGCGACCAACACUGUUAGAAGGAGAUCGGGUCCUGUAAAUGACAACAAGAGUUCGAGGACGGCUAGUGUCGAUAGGGGCACAAGAGCGACAAAUGCCGAAAGAAUUGCAGACAAAAGAACGGAGGAUAGAAGGCUCCUCAUGAGUCAGAAACUGCAGAAGCCAAAAACAAAGGACGCUCAACGUCAAAGGGCUGCCUAUCCCAUCUCAAAAAAGGAGGAGGUAGUGGAGUAUGCGAAAAAGUACAGUCGAAAUGCGGCAGCGAGGCAUUAUGGUCUUGAUGCCCCGAUGGUAGGUCGUUGGGUAAAAGCUAGUGAAAAAUGGAAUAAGGACACAAACAAAAAUAUUAUGCGCCUUGGUUCGGGAAGAAGAGCAUUCUUUCCGGAAGCAGAAGAUAGGUUGCAUCAGUGGAUCCUCGAACAACGGAAUGCCGGGACCUCCAUGAGUUACGCCAUAAUAAGAAAACAAAUGUUAGAGAUUUUAAAGGAACCUGACAUGGUCUCGUUGUAUUCGAAUGCUGGUCAAUUUAAGGCCAGAAGUCGUUGGCUAACAGCAUUCAUGAAGCGCAAAAAAAUUGCAUUGAAAAGACGAAACAAACUCCCCCAGAAACUUUCGGAACAACUUAGAAUAUCAUUGGACAAAUUUCGCCACGACAUUUUUCAAUUGAGAUGCGCCCUCCCCUUUGAAAUGCAUAACAUAUUAAACAUGUGUGAAACUCCAGUGUGGUUUGAUAUGUCUGGGCACUUCGCUGUAAAUCCCAUUGGCGAGAAAAGUAAUUAUGGAAAUCGCUCAAACAAUGAUAAAAGUCGGUUCACGAUGGCUCCAAAUACCCCCCUAUAUGCAUUUUCAAAGGAAGACAAUUGCGCGGUGAAGUCAUCCCACAUGGUGUCUUUGUAUGGUUCCAGGAGGAUGAAUGGAUGA